CCCGAGGACUGUGGGCCGCACAUCGCGUGCUCGCAGCUUCAGUUAGUUCGGAAGCCUGAAGCCGCGCGGAGAUACCCUGGACAGUGCUGCGUUGUCGCCCGUUUUGUGGUCAAUAAAAAAAAAAACAAAAAUUAUUAAGACAUGAAAUCGCUCAGGACUAGUCCGCACUCUGUGAGAGAAAACAAAAUAAACUUCAAAUAAACCGUGGGAAAGAACAUUCCUCAUAGCUCGCGAAAUGUCAAUUAGUGCUUGCAGUAGCUAAAAUUCGAGUCUAUCUGAAAACCAUAACGAGAUCCGCACGUUUUUCCGAGCCAAAAUCAAAGUUUAGCAACGGAAAAAUAUCCUUAACUGACGGACAAACUGAACUGGCAACUUCCGCUUCCGCCGAGUGCUUCAACUUCAGUUUAAUGUUAACUCUGGCAAAACCAAAUUGACAAGAAGGAAAUAAAGCAAGAGACCUAACAAAAAAAGGAUCCGGUGAAACAUAUCGUACAGCUUUGUCAUCGGCCAGAAAGAAAAACUACAUAAAUCAACGACACUGCCAAAGCCAAGGGCAACAAUAACUGGACGAAGCAAUUAAUUUUAUUCAAACAUUCAGCGGCGCCGCUCCGGCAGGAAGGACGAAAAAUGGAUUACGGCUGGCUGCUGUUUCUGUUCAUCGCGCAUUUAAUUGAUUAUUCAAGCGUCUCGGCCCUGUUUGUUACGGACAUAAGUGUGCCAGAAAUAGUGGACUUUCGGGACAACGUGACGCUCUCCUGCAGCUAUGACAUGCGAGGACACACCCUGAACUCUGUCAAAUGGUACAAGGAUCACGAGGAGUUCUUCAGGUAUUCUCCGCUGGCCAGUCCGAUCUAUAUGACCUUUGGCGUGCCCGGCCUGCAAGUGCUCGACGGCAAGUAUCUGUGCAACGAGUCUAGCUGCAGAUUGGACCUAAGCCUUCAGGGUGCCCGGUCGACGGGCUUGUACAAGUGUGAGGUCAGCGGCGAUGCACCUCACUUCAAGCUGGCGGACAAGGCAGACAACAUGACGGUGGCAGCCCUGCCCCAGAGCGACCCGCUAAUCGAGAGCUUCAACUCGAUGUACCGCAUGGAGGAGUUCCUGAGUGCCACGUGCUCCUCGGACUACUCCAGCCUACCCACCCGGCUCACCUGGUACAUCAACGGCGAGCAGCCUCUGCUGGGCGAGCUGCAGCCCACCAUCGACACCAGCAUCCCGGCUCACGACUAUGUGCUGCGUCGCCAGCGGCUGCAGGUGCACUUUUAUCUGCAGGGACAGCGCUUCUACCAGGCUGGAAAAAUCCUCGAGCUGAAGUGCGUCGCGGAAAUUGAGAAUUAUCCGGAGCUGCGGCGGGAAACGUCACUCAGCGCCUCACUUUCGCAGUUCGAUAAUUUGAACAAUCAAAUGCUGAUACAUGCGGGCACCAAUUCUGGGGCCGCACAAAGGAGCCGCGCCUGGGCCACGACCUCGCUAAUUUCCGCCUGGCUGGUGACACUUUUUCUCGCACUGUGCUUUCGACGCCCCUCAUGAACGGGCUCCAAAUUGCUCAGGGGAUCGGAGUCGGAGUCGGAGUUGGCGUUCGAACGGGUUGCGCCUCGUACUCGUUUGGCGACUUUGUCAACUAUAUCAUCACGUUAGUUAGUUAGUCAGUCAGCUAGUCACUUAGUUAGUUAGUUAGUUAGUUAGGGUAACACACAAAGGUAAGACCGCAAACUAGUCAAUAGGCAAAGCUUUCGGGUGUAAAUAGGGUUGAAGUUGGAGUUGGAGUCGUGUUGAAGUUUACAAUUUUUAGGAGUGUGCCAAAUAUUCACAGUCAAACGAAAUCAGGUUCAAGAUUAAUGCAAUUCAAGAAACUUCAUUUCACGUGAAUUUAAUUCAUCUAUUGUUUAAGUAUACGACAGAUAAGAAGUGAUCAAUUUUCAGUAAUACUCGUAUGGUCUUCAAGCCAAUUGAAUUCAUUUUUGGUGAGGAAAAACAUACACAUAUUGCUUAUCGAUAAAUUUGAUCAAUUUCACGUGGUGGUGUGGACCUUGUACAUGAAUGUUUUCAAGUUGAUUAGCUGAACAAACACGAAUACGACCUGCCUGAAUAUAUAUAUUCCGAUACUAUCCUGAAUAAUGUCACUCGCCAGCGAAGCGAUCGAAUUUAUAUCGAAUGUAUGUAUAUAGAUGUAAUUUUUUCCCGUUCGUUGCUUGGCAAUUGAAUGACAAACACAUGCAUUUGUAGAGCACAUUGAACACUUUUCGAGUACUAUAUUUAUCCGCACACCACGAGUAUUUGUCCGACGCGACCGUGACGCCAAGUGGAUGGGUCAUGGGCUAUGGGUUAUGGGCUACGGGAAUACACAACCCACAAAAAAUAAUGCAUAUGAAACAUAAUAAAAAUAAAUGAAUUACACACAAAAAAGAUGGAAUUAAUGGAAUAACAUGAGAUUUUAUCAGUGAGAAAUAUGCAGAUGCUGUAAAAAUCAUUAUAAUUAAGUCUAGCAUAAAUAUGCUGUAAAUACAAUUUUAAACAUUCAAAACAGAGGACAAACAACUAUAAAUCAUGUCAUAAAGCCAGACUCCUACAAAAUACGUACAUAAAUAUGUACAUAUGUGUGUAUGGGUAUAUGUAUGUAGGUGUUUGAAUGUAUCUCGGCCUGUCCUUGCGGCGUCCAGCCAUAACGAGUGCCAACUAAACCGAAUCGCAGCACAUAGUAAGUUUCAUUUGGCUGAGCGACUACAAAUAGAAACUAAAUGCUAACCACGGGUCGAUGUCCUCUCGUUACCAUAAACAGCAACAACAAAUGAAAGAUAUUUUCCACUGAGAGUGGGACAGAAAAAAGGGAAUGCAUACUCAGGCUACAUUUAACAAAAAACAAAGAGAAACCAAAACCAAAUAAAACAAUUCAGUAUAACUUGAUAUACAUACUUAACGAAAUGAAGCCUGAAAAUUUUUGAAAUCACUUUUGUUAAUAAAUAUCCAAUUAAAAUAAAGCUCUGAGCAGAGUGUGUGCUGAAAAAAGUGUGCAGAAAAUUAAACAUAAAUGUAUAAAUUAAUUUACCUACUCAUUCGCACGUCUUUCGGUUGUAAAGAAUAAAACACACACAAA